AUGGAUAUAAAUAUUGGUGCAAUUGAUCUCAUUAAAUUAUUGGGAAAAUUGAUAGCACACAAAACACAGCAGAUACGUUUGGCCACAAAAGAAUAUGAAAUCUGCAAUACCUCCUAUGGCAAAGUGAAAGGAUUGAAACGUAAAACUCUCUACGACGAAGAAGAUACAUAUUUUGCCUUUGAAGGCAUUCCGUUUGCCAAACCGCCUGUGGGUGAAUUACGAUUUCGAGCACCAAAACCGCCGGAACCAUGGCAAGAUGUUCUGGACUGUACCGAAUACAAAUCAAAACCAAUGCAAUUUCAUUUUGUUAGACGGAUGAUUGAAGGUUCCGAGGAUUGUUUGUAUUUAAAUGUCUACAGCAAGAAGCUGACCAGCAGCAAACCCCUGCCCGUUAUGGUAUGGAUAUAUGGUGGUGGUUUCCAAAUUGGCGAGGCAUCCCGCGAUAUUUAUGCUCCCGAUUACUUUAUGCAACGUGAUGUGGUACUGGUUACCUUCGCCUAUCGUUUGGGCGUUUUCGGUUUCCUGAGUCUUGAUGACCCUGACUUACAAAUUCCCGGCAAUGCUGGCUUAAAAGAUCAAAUAAUGGCCCUGAAAUGGGUCAAAGAGAAUAUACACAAUUUCAAUGGUGAUCCCAAUAAUAUUACACUGUUUGGUGAAAGUGCUGGUGGUGGUUCCACACACUUGAUGUGCCUGACACCACGCACCAAGGGUCUGUUUCACAAGGCAAUUGCACAAUCUGGUACGGCAUUUUGUCCCUGGAUCUUUAAUAAUCCCACAAACUGGGCUUAUCGCUUGGCUUGCCACAUCGGUUACAAGGGCAACAAUAACGAUAAGGAAGUUUAUCGUUACUUAGCCAAACAAAAUCCCAGACGCUUGGUGGCGAAAGACUCAUCACUGCUAACAAAAGAAGAACUAUUUAAUCAUCUGCUCUUCGCCUUUGGUCCAGUCAUUGAACCUUACGAUUCGGAAGACUGUGUUAUAAAUAAACCUGUUAAAGAGCUGAUUUCUAAUGUCUGGUCCAAUGACAUACCAAUGAUGAUUGGUGGCAACUCCUUCGAGGGUUUGUUCCAUUAUAGCGAUACAGUCAAACAUCCUUACAAAGUUAAUGAGUUGAGUGAUUUUGUAAAUGUAUUACCCGAUGAUUUGAAGAAAUCCCAUAGCCACGAAGAGCUAAAAGUGAUGGGUCAACAAUUACGAGAUCUCUAUUUCGGUGAUAAGAAACCGCAUGCCAAGGAGACAUGCCACGAAUAUUUUCAACUCAUGACCCAAAGGACAUUUUGGCAUGGUAUACAUAGGGCGGUCAAGGCCCGUACUGCAUAUGCCUCACAAGCACCCACCUAUUAUUAUCAAUUUGAUUUUGAUUCGAAAUUCUUUAAUCAUUAUCGUAAUCUGAAAUGUGGUCGUCCGGUUAAGGGUGUAUGUCAUGCCGAUGAGCUGUCGUACUUGUUUUACAACAUCAAUGCCGAAAAAUUGUCGCCCACAACACGUGAAUACAAAUGUAUACAACGUAUGAUUGGUAUGUGGUACAAUUUCGCCCUCUCCUCCAAUCCAAACUGCAGGGAAAUUUCACCAACAAAAUGGGAACCAGUGACGACAGAAGAAAUUGAAGCAAAUAAACCUUUGAAAUUGUUGAAUAUUAACGAUGACAUUGAAUUUAUGGAUGAACCAAUGUACAAUAAAUUAACUGUCUGGGAUAGUUUCUAUACCAAAGAACCCUUGUAUUAG